CUCUCAUGUCUACAUUAAAUGACGUUUUAGUUCGUUUCAUUUGCAAAAGUCAAAUUUAAUAUUUGUAUUUUUGCCCGUGAUGUUAUAGUUUCUAACAGCAAAUAAAAUAAGAUAAUAAGUAAUACUAAACAAAAUGCCUUCGUUUCCAUCCGUUCCUUCAGAAAUAAAAGGAAUUGCUCAUUAUAUGAAAGUUGCUGAGGAACAUGACGAGCGAGAUCCUGUCGUUAGUUACUGGGCACGAAUGUAUGCUUGUCAAACAGCAAUGAAAAUAAUGGAAGGAAAAACGAAGCCUCCUGAAGUAACAAAACUUUUGAUUGCAAUUAUGGAUUGGUUAGAAUCCCUUAAAAAAGGGAAUCCAAAUUUAGAGGGAGUUCAUAGUGAUGUUUGUGCCCAAGCUUUAAUUGAAAAUUAUGCUUUGCAAUUGUUUAAUUAUGCAGACCAACAAGACCGUGCAGAAAACUACGGAAAAAAUGUUGUGAAGGCAUUUUAUACAUGUGGAAUUUUAAUGGACAUCUUGAGCCAGUUUGGGACACCAAGUGAUGAAAUUCGGGAAAAGAAGAAGUAUGCAAAAUGGAAAGCUGCUUAUAUUCACAACUGCCUUAAAAAUGGUGAAUUACCGAGACCUGGUUCCAGUGCUUUUGGUGAAAAUGAUAAUCUAAUAAAAAUUGGUGAUAAUGAUGAAACAAAUACUACUCCUUCUACAAGUAAUGCAGAACCAAGUAUUCCUCCUGAAAAGUCACCAACUACACCUUCAACUCCAGCUCCAACUUUUCCAUCUCCAGCAAGUCCAGCAGAAACACCGACUCCAGCUUCAGCUGGUGGUUGGCCAGACCUUCCAUCUGUGCCUUCUUUUGAUCCAACAAAUCCUCAGCCAGCCCCAACUUUUCCAAAUACAGCUCCUGUAUCUGCAGUAACUCCUACCACUAACUUAACACCAGAUCAAAUGGAAAAAGCACAGAAGUAUUGUAAAUGGGCAGGGUCUGCCCUUAAUUAUGAUGACGUUAAAAAUGCUAUUGAAAAUCUACAAAAGGCCUUACAUUUGUUACAGUAUGGAGAAGAAAAGUAAGCUGCACAUACAUAUUUUAUAAAAUCCCUAUUUAUAUAUAAAUUAGUUGUGGGUAAGCUUAUUGUAGGAAUUUGAUUGCUUUUUUUUAUUAAAGACUAAUUUAAUGUUAAGAAAACAUAUUUAUACAUGAAUACUUUCUCUCACAGUUGCUGUUUAUUAAUUUCUUAUUCUAAUUUCAAACAUUUAUUAGUCAUUAAAACUAUUACUCCCAGCGUUAAUUACAACAAACUAAAACUACUAAAUAAACAAAAAAUAUUAUAGCAAAUGCAAAAUUAUAUCUGCUGUACAUUGUUAAAUGAAAUUAUUUAAAAUAUAAGAAGUAUUUAUUUCUGUU